AUGUCCCGCAAGAUGAAGACUCUUUUAGCCUUAUUGCUACUCGCAUUGAACAUCACUUCGUCUCGACUUAUGCAUUGCGGUAUGCCUGUAGAUGCAGACACAGAUUAUCUCAAAAUGCUUGAGGCCCAUAAUUCCGUACCCACAGCCAAGACGGUGAACGGCGCAAGUUUUCUAGCAGACGAUGUUCACCUCGACGGGAAUGGGAUCGAUGUUGAACGCCGUCAAAAGUUCAAAGAACUCCAUCCUCCAAGUAAGAACACGCCAUACGCAGAUUUCUUUAAACAAAGUCGUUCGAUCAGGCAGCAAACUAAAAACGAAGAACUCGCCCAAAUGGCUAUAAAGGUAUUGAAUAUGAUCUCUAAGCUUAAAGCAAACGAUGUGACUUUUGGAAAUUGGCUUCGAAAAAGCGACGCUGUAGAUUGCUUUGAACUUGCUCACAAAGCUUUUAAUUCAAAAUCAGGAUGUGAAAAAAAUGAAAGACUUUGGGCUGCUGGAAUCCUUGCAGCAAUCUUAGAUCAUCUUCCAAACAUUGAUGGAAUGACAGCAGAGAAAUAUUUUGAGAAUUUCAAUUGGAGUAAUCAAGUGAAAGAAGACAUACAAGCUGCCAAGGAUAUCCAAGAGGCCAAGACAAAAGCUUUGGAGUUAGCUGAGGUGAAAGACAGUUUGAUUGCAGGAGUUCAGAUCAACAGUGGUUUAAAAUUGUUUUCCCUAGCUAGUAUCCUUUUCAGAAUGACAUGCAAGGCGCAAGAUAUUUUGGGAAAAUGA